UCCCCAUACACUUUACAAUCAGCAUGGCUCCCUUUCCAUCCCCAACGUCAAAGUGGCACACAAAAACAUACGCAUCCAUAUCUCCCACCCGCCCGGAGCUUUCCGCCAAAGGAAAGACCAUCGUGAUAACUGGAGGCGGAACUGGCAUCGGCGCAGAGACUGCUCUCCAUUUCGCAGAGGCAGGGGCCUCUCGUAUCAUCCUCACUGGACGUAGAAAACAGCCCCUUCUCGACACGAAAGCAUCCAUCGACAGCGAAUUCUCUGGCGUGGAGGUAUUCGCAGCGUCUACCGACGUCACAAAGAAGAAUGAAGUGGAUAAAGCCUUCGCAAGAUUUGUCGGCGACGGAAAUGUCCACAUUCUGGUCAGUAACGCGGCGGUGAUUGGGCCCCAGGAUGCCGUGGGUGAUGUGGACGGUGACAAAUUUCUCGAUGCCAUUCACCAGAACCUGAAAGGAUCAUUGAAUGUCGCUCAGGCAUUCCUUCGCUAUGCGUCCAAGGAUGCGGUCGCUAUUGAGACUUCUUCGUCUGCGGCACAUGUCAAUUUUGCUCCGGGGUUUGCUGCCUAUAGCAUUGCUAAGUUGGCGGUCUUUCGACUUUGGGAUUCUUUGGCUUUUGCGAAUCCGGAACUAAGCAUUUUUCAUGUACAGCCUGGCGUAGUGGACACGGCGAUGAAUAGGGAAGCGGGAGGUGUUGCUGCUAUGGGCUUCGCGGAUGAUGUUUCUCUGCCAGCAAGCUUCAAUGUUUGGCUCGCAAGCCGCGAGGCACGUUUCUUGAGGGGCAAAUUUCUGUGGGCGAACUGGGACGUUGACGAACUCAAGGCCCAAGAGAAAGAGAUUGCAGCGAGCCCGAGACUUAGUAUUGGGCUGGUUGGGUGGCCUUUUGAGAGCACUGGUUGGAAGUCCUCUUGGAAGACCCCGGCUGAUUGA